AUGGCAGCGAAAUCGGAACCGCCAGAAAAUGCUCGAAAAUUCGAAAUUCGGCUCUCGACAGCUUUAGAGUAUAUUCUAGGCCCGCUUCGAAAGACGAUUGAAGACGUUCAAAACUUUCUCACUGAAGGCGUUGACAGUAAUCAAACUCUAGAGGAAAUUCUGGCUCUCGGCGACCCGGAUCUUCGAAUGUACGGCACCGUCGAAGAGCUGGCUGAAAAUAUUAAAAUAUUCAAAAAUUUCCCAGAAAGUUUUCGUUUCUUCAGCGCCAUUACACCCAAUACCUCUUUUGUCUAUAAAAGCCUGAAAAACGAGGAUUUUUUCUGCAAAUCCGAUCUACUAACAAUCAUUCGAAACAUGGCACUUUUCGUCGUCCAGGACCAUCCGCUUCUCAGCCAAUUUGGCUAUGAUUUGGGUCAAUUUCUCCGGGAACUGGUGCCUGGUAGUAGUGAGCACGUGGAAUUCUGGAAAUUUGAUUUCGCGACGUACAAUGGGAUUUGGAAGGAGAUUUGUGAUGGGCACAACGAGGCGAAUCGAAAUGCGGUGCGACUUCGCGACGAGCUGACACCGUAUGUCCGUGACAGACACUUCAACUAUAUCGAUUCAAAAAUGAAGGAGUUCAAUUCGAUCGCCUGGCACGAAGACCAUCGAUCGUUCUUCUCAAAUAUGUUCAAAUCGAAAAAAUGCACGGAUAAGGACAUUAUGAAUCGACUAUAUGUGUAUUUUGUCGACGCUGGAACCAUGAAUUGUUUCAGGAAACUUAUCGACAGUCGACCCACACUUUUUGGGCCAAAUCCAAAAAGCGUGGCGCCUACAGUACGACUAUUUGAGGAUGGACCGUUUAAGUUUGUGAUGAAACAGGAGUUGUUCAAUGCGAUAAAUCGAUAUUCGGACUAUUCGAAUUCCAUCAUAUUCAAUGAAAAUGAAAAACAUGUGAUCAGCUCGAUGGAAUGGGAAGAUGUGCUGGAAUUUUAUGGAGAUCGAAUCGGAGACAUUGAGUUCAUCCGUUAUCCGAUUCAACGUUCAAAACAUCGUGCCGUCUAUCUCCAGGGACCAACACGAGACGGAUUCUGUGUUCUUUGUGUCGACGCACUUUUCGAUUCGUUUCUGAAAUUUCUGAUUUUCGGAGCGAAAUCCCUUCAACGGGCCAAGUGUUGGCAGGAUAUUUGUCGAGUCUUGGAUACGAUUCAAACGUUUUGCGAUUCUGAAUUUACACCCCACGCCUUCAUUCGUGUCGAAUGUCUAGCCAACACUGAGAGCCAAUACUGUGAUCAUGCUGCCAAUGUUCAAACGAUUCGAAACGUGCCAGCCGAUGGAUUCACAGAAAGGAAUCUGGAGAUUGAGCUAGUCCGUUUGGGUCUCACCACGAUUUCUCCGGAAAUUCAAAAAUACGCGAGAAUCGUUUUUCGGGAAAUUGAAAAACGAAAAAAGGGCGAAUUUUUGAGGACUUCCGAUAUGUUUGACGCGGUGGAAAUGUGCCAGAUUUUGUGUAUUUUUAAACGAUAUCCAAAGCUCCAAAAAUUCCUGCACAAACAGAUGCGAUGUCAUCGAGUCGUUGGGCUGGAAUGUGAGUACUGUGAGGCUCAGGACACGUGGACCGACGACGAAGUUUCUGAGAAUCAGAAGACGUCGGAGGCUUCAGAAUCCUCAGAAUCAAAAAUUCAGAAUCGUCUGAAAAUGCUGAAAAUUCUGGAAGAAGAACCAUCGGAAAUCGAUACAAUUCUAGAAGAAAUGGAUAGAAAGGAUGCGGAAGCAGAAUCGGAAAAUUCGACGAUUCAGAAGACGUCAGAAUCAGAAUCCACGACAUCUGAAAUCGAUGAUUUGGAUGUUCAAGAAAUGAUUGGAAAAAUGAACAACAAAUUCGCACAAUUUGAGGAGGCUCGAGAGCGAAUCAAGGAUAUGGGAAGAUAUUUGUGA